AUGACCAUACGGCAGGCCAAUGAGGCGAUGGAGAUAGAUCAAUCACCGUGCGCUCGUGAUGCCCAUGGUGUUGCCCUCGAUCCUGCUGCCAGGUCUCGGCAUAACACGUCUCUGAAUGGCCCAUUCAAAAAGGUGGACAUUCUUAGUCACAAGCCUAUGCGCCACGUAUUUUAUGAGAUGGAACACCGAAGACUUGAACGGUCCUUGGAGGGGUACCGAAUGGAGCCUAGUUGGGGCGCUAGGUUUGCCGCGGAACUUGUCGUUGUUCUGGUUGCAUUCAUAUUGUUGUCAAACUCGAUAGGCAGUAAUAUUGUGGGCCAAAUACUGCGGGAGAAGAACACUCGUGCGCUCCUCCUCGUGGUGCCUGGUGCGGUUACUGGCUUCUUCAUCGCAGUAGCAUUGAUAAGCAUUGCACUGCGGAAAAGGAGUGCGAUAUCGACCCUAGCAGUGGUUUUCUUGUUGAUAGGAGUUGUAUGGAUCAUAUGGCUUUACAAUCCCGCUGAUAAAUGGCCGGCCCCGUCUCUCAAGAACAUUAUAAUCGUCAGUGUCGUAGUUGCUUCCCUUGAGGUCUUAUUGUUCUUAAUAUAUGUUACUAUUCACUUUGGGUAUCCCUAUAUGCUUAAGAAAGUCCAUCCUGACUUUCUUGUCAAGCACUGGUGGCGACUUCACCAAGUGGAUGAAGAGAAUGCCUUCGGGUACUCCUACCAGCGCUACGGUAUAUUCUCACUCACUCGUAAUAUUUGUAACUAUCAUGGUGAUGUCGACAGCGAGGGUCGGCCCCACGGCUUCGGCGUGUGGACGGAUGAUUCUCGCCAUGGUGAGAUCCUGAGGGGAGUCUGGAUGCGAGGACUCCCUAUGGGUCCGUUCGUAUCUCGAGAGUUCAGCAGCGGCUCAGUGAGUGUCUGUCGUCGUAUACUAUGGGCAUCGACUCGGGCCGAGCCGGGUAAUGAAUGUUCAUAUGGAGUAGCAUCAGUCGAAUGCUCUGUAUCUGGGUAUUUCUUCAACCACCUCCCCAAGGUUAAGGAGCUUCUCACUUCUACUGACGAUUUCAUCUUCGUCCUGGAUCACUUCAAACGAGAGUUCGAAAGUUCUACCGAGGAGCUCGCAAAAGGGGAGGGCUUCAUCGGAUCGGAAAGGGAUGCCUGCCGGAAGGAUUGUCCAGCGGCCCCUCCGGCCCUUCGGCUACGUCUGCUCACAAGCUUCGGAGCUCUGGAGAGAGGGAGCUCACAGUUGAUCGCUCUAAAGGAGGAUGAGACUGGUAUCACGGGUACGGGUUUUAUGGAGCUCCUACCGCCAGAGACGUGUGGCCAGGACUCAGAUAAUAAAGAGCAGUAUUACUAUAGUGGUCGAACUAGAACGUUUAGUUGCGGACAGAUGUUGGCUCUAGGACAGUUCCCAUUGUGGAUCAGACCCUUUGUUUUCUCCCAGGGUUCGGGGUCCGCUCUUACCUAUCAUGCCGCUAGAGACUGUUUGCCGGAGUAUGCACCGGAUCUAGCUGACUUUGUGGCUAAACUCAGGACAUCAGGCUUCCGUCGGAUACACUUCUUAGUCCACUCUAUGGGGGCGAGGCUCUUCUGUGAGGCCUUACCGUUUAUGGUCCAGGACUCGCUUCUGCAGAUAAGAGCGUGUUCAUACGGCACCUCCAACUCAGCCAAGUCAACUCGUGCUGGUAGUCUAGAGGGAACCAGAGCGUUAUCCUGCCGUACGGGCCGCCAUUCAAUCUCGUCAGCACCGGGCCCUGCCGUGGUGGAUCUAGAGGCAGCAGCAGCUUCUACUGCUCCUCACAGCGAUGUGGAUAGGAUGACUCUUCUUAACGUUGUUCUCGUCAAUGCAGACUAUCCUUUGGAUAAGUUCCGUCAUACUGUCCUACCCUCUUUACUGGAGUACUGUGAACGGGUAACGGUAUAUGCUGACAGUCGAGAUGGUGCAUUGAUGUGGUCUGAACUAUUCAAUAGAGAGAAAGCCCUUGGUAAAUUCGUUGGUACUCUAGCCUGUGUCGAGCGAGAUAAUGGUCAAAGCUACGGUGAAGCAUAUGUUGACGUUAUGGACACGACACAUAUGGACCAGAAUGUUCACCAACUUAGACAUAAUUUCUUCAAUCUCAAUGUACAAGUUGUGUCUGAUAUAGCAGAGAUCGUCGAGUCUUGUACGCCAGCGGCCAAACGUAGCACUAGACUCACUAAGACGGGUCGAGGGAAUGUAUACACCUUCCUAAGUCCGCCGAGUUUUGUAAAGAAUCAUUAA